UCCAAGCAGUAUAUGUAUUAUUGCUCUUGGUAAGAGACAUUCCAGUUAUUCCAAUGGUAUGCACUUUCUUCUUUACUGAUCCAAAAAUUAAAUUACCAGGUGACAACCCCUUCAUGGCUAAAAAAUAUUUUAUCAGUGUUGAUAAGGUCUGCGUCGCAGAAAAAAACAAUUCAAUGGAUGCUAUACUGAUGCUAGUUCAAAUUUGCUUCCUUCUUAACAUUCAUUACCCCCCUGGUCUCUCACUGACAUUUGAGUUCAUAGAAAGAUUAAUUUUGCAAAUGGCACCAGGUAGAGAAUCAAGAGUGAAAAACAAGAAGGGCAAGGUUCUCUUGGUCCUAACCAGUGCUGUAAGGAAAGCUGGCAAAGAUCUGCAAGAGUUUACCACCAAAAUCAAAGAUGGACUUCAAAAAGCAGGUUUCUAAAUUGGCACUCCUCUUCGCAAGAUCCGUUUUCUUCUCUAUCUAUUAUCUAAUUUGUUUAUUUCAUUGACAUGACAAGUCAAAAGAUGAGAUCAAGUGGUUAAGACCAAAGAACUUAAUAUAAAUUUACAUAUAUUUUAGAGUGAUCUCUUAAAACUAAAUGAUAUCAUAAUAACUAAUUUCCAAGAAAAUGAACUUUUAUAGAUAUGAUUUAAGUUACUUGUCUGUGGACACAGUUAUAUAUUUUGA